UCAAGAUACAGAAAGGAAUCUCUGUAAUCUCUGUCAAACUGGUUUCUUUCCUAAACUUAUUUCUCUUCUCCAAACCUUUCCACCUCUUUCCAUCAAAAUUUCCUGUAUUUUUCAAAAUGAACCAACUGACGCGGAUGUCCCGGACAGUUGCCGGUGGACUCAAGAUGCGAUUCCAACCACCGUUGCGCCACCUCAACCAGCCCAACUUGAGCCCCGAGGACCCAACCAAGCGACCCUCUCCCAUGCAGUCCAUGCGGGAGUUCUUCAUGCAUCCGCUGACCUGGGAUCGCAACAAUGGCUACUUCAACGUGGUGCUGGCCCUAACCCUAUUCGGCUUUGUCUUCUUCAGCUCGUGCAGUUCGUGUGAUCAGAAGAAGGGCCUCCAGGAGACACAGGCCAUUCAGAGCGACAAAGCGGUUUCAGACGCUGUGGCUGUAUCUUUGGAAAAUUCCGAUAAAUGAUUUGGGACUCACCCUGAUUGCAAACGCAGACCAGACCGGAGUUGGUCGAGCGGCACUGGGCAUUCAUGUCGCACAGAGUGGGGUUGUUCAGGCAGUUCUGCUCCUCGAUGCAAACAUAGCCAUCACCAUGGAAGCCGGCGAUGCACUGGCACUCGUAGUUGGCAGGAUCCCUUUUCGAAAAAAUUACAAAUAAAUAGAGAGCUGAAAGGAA